AUGGCUCCUUUAGUUUGGACUCUGACGCUGCUGGUGGGGGCUGCCUGGGGCCAGAACCAAGCACCUGCCCCCAUGCGACAGAACUCUUCGGACUGGAAACCGAUGGUGCGCACUUCGAGGGAUAGCUCCAUUCUCACGAAGUGUGACUUUGAAGAUAACACCAGACCUUUGUGUGACUGGUCUCAAAUGUCCGCGGAUGAUGGGGACUGGAUUCGAACGACUGGACCCUCCCCCACUGGCACUUCUGGCCCCCCCGGGGGCUACCCCAAUGGAGAGGGCUAUUACCUGCACAUGGAUGCUAGCACCUUCCCUCGGGGUGGAGUGGCGCGCCUGCGCAGCCCGGACAUAUGGGAGCAAGGCCCGCUCUGCAUCCAUUUUGCCUUCCACAUGUUUGGGCUGUCAUGGGGUGCGCAGCUCAGACUGAUGCUGCUCAGGGGUCGGAGGUACCACCGGCCCAACGUGCUCUGGAAAUAUGUGAACACCCAGAGUCCCUCCUGGAUGCCCACCACGGUCACCGUGCCAGCGGAUCGUGAUAUACCGAGCUGGCUGAUGUUUGAGGGCAUGAGGGGCAACACCGCCUACCUGGACAUCUCUCUGGAUGGCCUCUCUAUCCGGAAGGGCACCUGCAAUCGGAUAUGCAUGACCCAGAUGUGCACCUUUGAUGCUCUAAACAAUCUCUGUGGCUGGAGCUGGGUCCCAACUGCCACCGGGGCCAAGUGGACUCAGAAGAAGGGAUCAUCAGGGAUGCUGGGUGUGGGACCUGAUGACGACUUCUCUAGCCCUGGCAGUGGCUACUACAUGCUGCUGGACCCUGCGAAUGCAAGGCCAGGACAGAAAGCUGUACUUCUGAGUCCCCUGAGCCAUUCCAGUGGCUGCCUGACCCUGUCUUUCCAAUACAUAAUGCGUGGCCUGUCGGCUGGCGAAGGCCUUUUUGCCUAUGCUUCAUUCUUAGGCAACAUCCGGAAACACACUCUCUUCUCAGGACACCGUGGACUCAACUGGCAGUCUGUGUCUGUCAAUUAUACAGGACAGGGACAGAUACAGUUCAUAGUGGUGGGUGUGUUUGGAGAGAAGCCAGAGCCAGCAAUAGCUGUGGAUUCCAUCAGCAUUUCUCCCUGUGGGGAGGGCUUUCCCCAGUGCAACUUUGAAGACAGAGUUCAUCCUUUCUGUGACUGGAAUCACGUGGUAGAAGACGCCGGACACUGGAGCUGGGGGAGUAAAAGUGUCCCCACCCCCAUCUCAGGGUCCCCAAGAGAGUUCCCGUAUGGAGGGGAACAUUAUAUUUACCUCGAUUCAGCCAUGUUACCCGAGGUGGGACAGUCUGCCAGAUUGGUGAGUCCACCAUUCUGUGCCCCUGGGGAUGUCUGUGUGGAGUUUGCUUACCACAUGUACGGCCUUGGAGAAGGUACCACGCUCAAGCUCCUGUUGGGGAGUCCUGCGGGCAGUUCUCCCAUUUCUCUGUGGAAACGUGUUGGGUCUCAGAGCACUGGCUGGGUGAACAGCUCUGUCACCAUCCUUAAGGGACAUCAGCAGCCCAUGGAGUUGCUUCUUGAGGCCACCCGGGGGACCAGCACUGCCUUUGUCGUCGCUGUGAAUUUCAUCUUGAUCAGUCAUGGACCCUGUCGGGCUAAGAUGAAACUCGAGGGCCCAGCUUCUUCCCUUCCACCUAUUGGCUCUUCUGAAACCAUGGUCCCUAUGCUCCCCAUAGAAACAACCACUGUCCCCACUAAAGAGACCAUGGCCUCCACAGAAAGAAUCAGUGUCCCUCCUGAGGAGACCACUGUUCCCACAACAGUGGUCACUGCUGCCACAGAAGUGGUCACUUUCACUUUAGAAGUGACCACUGUCACUGCAGAAGAGAGCACUGUCUCUCCUGAAGAGGACAGUGUCCCUCCUGAGGAGAUCAUCCCUACAGAAGUAACCACUGUCCCUCCUGAACAGACCAGCGUCCCUCCUGAGGAGACCACCACCUCUCCAGAAGUGACCACUGUCCCCACAGAAGUGACCACUGUCACUACAGAAGCGACCACUGUCACUGCAGAAGUGACCACUGCCUCUCAUGAAGAGACCAGCGUCCCUCCUGAGGAGACCACCACCUCUCCAGAAGUGACCACUGUCUCCACAGCAGUGGUCACUGCUGCCACAGAAGUGACCACUGUCACUUCAGAAGUGACCACUGUCUCUCAUGAAGAGACCAGCGUCCCUCCUGAGAAGACUACCACCUCUCCAGAAGUGACCACUGUCUCCACAGCAGUGGUCACUGCUGCCACAGAAGUGACCACUGUCACCACAGAAGUGACCACUGUCUCUCCUGAAGAGGCCAGUGUCCCUCCUGAGGAGACCACCCCUACAGAAGUAACCACUGUACCUCCUGAACAGAGCAGUGUCACUCCUGAGGAGACCACCACCUCUCCAGAAGUGACCACUGUCCCCACAGCAGUGGUCACUGCUGCCACAGAAGUGACCACUGUCACUACAGAAGCGACUACUGUCACUGCAGAAGUGACCACUGUCUCUCAUGAAGAGACCAGUGUCCCUCCUGAGGAGACCACCACCUCUCCAGAAGUGACCACUGUCUCCACAGCAGUGGUCACUGCUGCCACAGAAGUGACCACUGUCACUACAGAAGUGACCACUGUCUCUCCUGAAGAGACCAGCAUCCCUCCUGAGGAGACCACCACCUCUCCAGAAGUGACCACCGUCCCUCCUGAAGAGACCAGCGUCCCUCCUGAGGAGACCACCACCUCUCCAGAAGUGACCACCGUCCCUCCUGAAGAGACCAGCGUCCCUCCUGAGGAGACUGCCACCUCUCCAGAAGUGACCACCAUCCCUCCUGAAGAGACCAGCGUUCCUCCUGAGGAGACUACCACCCCUCCUGAAAUGACCACUGUCCCUCCUGAAGAGACCAGUGUCCCUCCUGAGGAGACUGCCACCCCUCCUGAAAUGACCACUGUCCCUCCUGAAGAGACCAGCGUCCCUCCUGAGGAGACUGCCACCCCUCCUGAAGGAACCAUUGUCCCCACUGAAGAGACCAGCGUCCCUCCUGAGGAGACUGCCACCCCUCCUGAAAUGACCACUGUCCCUCCUGAAGAGACCAGCGUCCCUCCUGAGGAGACUGCCACCCCUCCUGAAGGGACCAUUGUCCCCACUGAAGAGAUGACUGUCUUUGCAGAGCAAUCUACUCCCAUUCAAAUGCCCACAACAGGUAAACCACCCUGUCCAAGCCCAUCACAGGUUCCAGGUGUCUCGAUGAUUGGCAUGGCCCUGGCUACAGGUAUAACUACCACAGAGAGCUGCCCUCCAAAUGCCCACUUGGAAUUGUGUGCAUGCCUUGCAUCCUGCGAGAACCCCAAGCCCCACUGCCACGCCCCCUGCAGAACUGGCUGUGUCUGUAAUCCUGGAUUUUUGUUUAGGAACUAUCAAUGUAUUAAUGCUUCUUCCUGCAAUUGCUUCUAUAGCAACAAAUAUUAUAAGCCUGGGGAAGAAUGGUUUAGUCCCAAUUGCACAGAACGGUGCCGCUGCUUGCCUGGUAGCCGGAUGGAGUGUCAGAUCUCCCAGUGUGCGACAUACACGGUGUGCCUGCUGAAGAAUGGCGAAUAUGAAUGCCAGCCCUAUGGUAGUGCCACCUGCCUGGUCUAUGGGGACCUUCAUUUUGUCACCUUUGAUGAGAGGCACAUCAGCUUCACAGGAACAUGCACCUAUAUCUUGGCCCAAACCUGUGGCAACUCCACAGAUUCAUUCUUUAAAAUAACAGCAAGCACCCAAGAACGGGGAGUAGAAGGCGUAUCCUCCCUGGACAAAGUCUUCAUCACCCUGCCGGAGACUACCAUUACCAUGAUCAGUGGUAGACAAACACUGAUUGGAGACCAGAGAGUCACCCUCCCAGUGAUACCUUCUAAUAACAUCUAUGUGGGUCUGAGUGGGCGAUUUGUGGAGUUGAGGACGACACUUGGUUUGCGUGUGAAAUGGGAUGGUGACCAGCAGCUUUUUAUGACUGUGCCCAGUACCUACUCGAGAAAACUCUGUGGUUUCUGUGGGAACUAUGACGGAGACAGCAGCAAUGAUAACCAGAAGCCAGACGGCACGAGGACACAAGAUGGGGACGAGCUGGGGAAGAGCUGGCAGCUGAAAGAGGAAGAGAACAAGGAUCUUGUUGACUGCUUGGGUUGGGUCUCUUCCAGGUGUCAGAACAAGAAGAACCCUCCAUCUUGUGAUGCAGCCUUGGGGAGAACUAUGUCGGGGCCCAAGUUAUGUGGCCAGCUUGUUGAUCCAAGAGGAACCUUUGAGGCAUGCCUGUUCCACAUGAAGGCUUCAUUCUUCUUGGAUAACUGUGUGUCGGACAUGUGUAGCUUCCAGGGGCUCCAGCAGACGCUUUGUACUCAUAUGUCAGCCAUGACUGCCGUCUGCCAAGAUGCUGGCUAUGCCGUGAGGCCCUGGAGAAGACCCCAGUUCUGCCCCUUGGUUUGCCCUCAAAAUAGCAGGUACUCCCUAUGUGCCAAACCAUGCCCGGACACCUGCCAUCCUGGAUCUGCUCUCCAACCCUGCCCAAAAAAGUGUGUGGAAGCAUGCGAGUGUGAGCCUGGCUUCGUGCUCAGUGGUUUUGAGUGUGUCCCUCGGAUCCAGUGUGGGUGCACCAGCCUCGAGGGACGCUACUUCAAGGUACAGGAGCAAUGGUUUAAUCCAGACUGCAAAGAGAUCUGCACUUGUGAUGGCAACAACAGCGUUCGCUGCCGGCCCUGGAAGUGUAGGGCUCAGGAAGUCUGUAGCCAUAAGAAUGGUGUGUUAGGCUGUCACGCCCAAGGUGCAGCCACCUGCAUUGCCUCAGGUGACCCCCACUACCUGACAUUUGAUGGAGCUUUGCAUCAUUUUAUGGGCACCUGCACUUACGUACUGACGCAGCCUUGCUGGUCCAAUGCUCACGACAACAACUUCGCAGUGAGUGUCACCAACGAGGUUCAUGACGGCAACUUGGAAGUCUCCAGUGUCAAAGCUGUCCACGUGCAGGUCUUCGACCUCAAAGUCUCCCUGUUCAAAGGUCGAACGGUCGUGCUGAACAACCAACGGGUGGCACUACCUGUGUGGCCUCUGAAAGGACGGGUGACCAUUAGGUUGAGCGGCAUCUUUGUCCUGCUCUACACGAACUUUGGGCUUCAGGUUCGAUAUGACGGAAAGCACCUGGUGGAGGUGACAGUGCCUUCCUUAUACGCUGGCUUCCUCUGUGGGCUGUGUGGGAACUACAACAAUAACAGUUUGGAUGACAAUCUGCGUCCAGAUGGGAAGCCUGCAGGCGACUCGCUUCUUCUGGGAUCUGCUUGGAAAAUACUUGAAGCUUCUGAGCCUGGCUGCUUUGUAGUCGGGGGCAAGUCCUCCCGCUGCCAAGAGAACAGCAUGGACGACGCCUGGACUAAAAAAUGCGCCAUCUUGAUGAACCCUAUUGGACCUUUCUCCAAUUGCCACGAGGCAGUGCCCCCGCAGGCCAGCUUCUCCAGUUGUGUAUAUGGCCAGUGUGGGACCAAAGGAGACACCCUGGCCCUGUGCCGCUCCCUGCAGGCCUAUGCAUCGUUGUGUGCCCAAGCUGGCCAAGUGAUUACCUGGCGCAACAGCACCUUCUGCCCUCUGAGGUGCCCACCCAGGAGCAGCUAUAACCCAUGUGCCAACCCCUGCCCAGCCACCUGCCUCACCCUAAGCAGCCCAAGAGACUGUCCAACCCUGCCCUGUGUCGAGGGCUGUGAAUGCCAGACAGGCCACAUCCUGAGUGGAACUACCUGUGUGCCCCUCAGACAGUGUGGCUGCAGUGACCAGGGCGGCUCCUACCACCCGUUGGGGGAGAGCUGGUACACAGAGAAGACCUGCACCACCCUCUGCACGUGCUCAGUCCACAGCAACGUCACCUGCAGCCAAACGGCCUGUGAGCCCAACCAUGUGUGCUUGCGCCAGAAUGGGCUGCUGCGCUGUGCUGCAGAGAUGGGAGAGUGUCAUAUCUCAGAGGAUUCCCAGAUCGUGAGCUUUGAUGGCCAUAGCCAUCCUAUCCAAGACAUGUGUACUUACAUCAUGGUCAAAGUCUGCCACCCCAGCAUGAACCUGCCUUUCUUCACCAUCAGUGCCAAGGCUGACCAGCAUACCCGCACCAAACCCAAGACCUUUAGUGUCUAUCAGCUAUACAUUGACAUCUUCAGCUUCCGAGUCACUCUGCAAAAGCGCCAUUCAGUCCUGGUGAGCUAGAUCAAUGAUACAUUGGUCACCCUUCCUGCCACGACCCAGAUCCCAGGAGUCAGCAUCACGACCGAAGACGUGUAUACCAUUGUCACAAUUAAGGAUGAAGUUCAAGUCAAAUUUGAGAGCAACAAUUUCUUAGAUAUCAAAAUCCCUGCAUCCUCUAAUGGAAAGGUCUGCGGUGUGUGUGGGAAUUUCAAUGGUGAGGAAGAGGAUGAACUCAUGACAUCCAAUGAUGAACUAGCCCAGGAUGAGCAGGAGUUCAUGGAUAGCUGGAAAGAUAAGCACAUCGACCCAAAUUGCCAGAAAAUCGAAGAGCAGAUUAUCCAAGUGGAACAACAGGAGAUCAUGAACGGAAACUGCAGGCCCACUGACUUCGAGAAAGCCCAAGCGAACUGCCAGACUGCUCUCCAGGGUCCUACCUGGGCCCAGUGUGCUUCCCGGGUAUCCCUUAAGCCCUUCCUGCUGGGAUGUAUGAACAACUUCUGUGAAUUCAGAGAACUCUUCCGUGCCCUCUGUGAGGCUCUGCAGUCCUUCCAGGAUGCCUGCCAGAAACAGGGGCUCAAGCCACCUAUCUGGAGGAACAGCAGCUUCUGCCCUCUGGAAUGCCCUCCUCACAGCCACUACACAAACUGCCUUCCUUCCUGUCCACCUUCCUGCUUGGACCCAAACAGCCGCUGCGAGGGCUCUGGCCACAAAGUCCCCUUCACCUGCAAGGAGGGCUGCAUCUGCCAACCGGGCUACGUGCUGAAUAAUAACAAGUGUGUGCUCAAGACUCACUGUGGCUGCAAAGACGCCCAGGGUGUCUUCGUCCCAGAAGGCAAGAACUGGAUCUCCAGUAGCUGUACCCAGAACUGUGUCUGCAUUGGAGGGGCCAUUGAGUGCCAGAAUUUUCAGUGUCCCUCAGGGGCUCAAUGCCAGGACAAUGAAGAUGGCAGCAGCAAAUGUGUCAAAAUCACUCUGCAAUGCCCAGCCCACAGCCUCUACACCAACUGCCUUCCCCCGUGUCCUCCUUCCUGCUCCAACCUGGAUGGCCACUGCAGGGGCACAAACCCCAAAGUGCCUUUCACUUGCAAAGAAGGCUGCCUCUGCCACCCUGGCUUUGUGUUUGAUAAGAACAAGUGUGUACCCAGAACUCACUGUGGCUGCAAAGACACCCAGGGUGCCUUCAUCCCAACAGGCAAGACUUGGAUGUCCACAGGCUGCACCCAGAGCUGUGCCUGCAUGAGAGGGGCCAUCAGGUGCCGAAAUUUCCAGUGUCCCCCGGGGACUCACUGCAAGGACAGCAAUGAUGGCAGCAGUAACUGUGUCAAAAUCACUCUGCAGUGCCCAGCACACAGCCAGUACACCAACUGCCUUCCUUCCUGCCUGCCUUCCUGCCUGGACCCAGAAGGACACUGUGAGAGCGCCAUGACCAAGGCCCCCUCCGCCUGCAAGGAGGGCUGUGUCUGCCAACCUGGCUUUGUGCUGCAUGAUGACAAGUGUAUGCUCAAAAUCGAGUGUAGCUGCCAAGACACUCAGGGUGCCUUCAUCCCAGUGAGCAAAAGCUGGAUCUCCAGAGGCUGUUCCCGGAGUUGUAACUGCAUGGGAGGGGUCAUUCGAUGCCAGAAAUUCAAGUGUCCCUCAGGAACUUUCUGCCUGGACAACGAAGAUUAUACCAGUAACUGUGUCAAAACCACUAUGCAGUGCCCCGCCCACAGCCACUACACCAACUGCGUGCCAUCUUGUCUGGCUUCCUGCUCAGACCCAGAAGGCCACUGUGAGGGGAUCAGCACCAAAGCCCCCUCCACCUGCAAGGAAGGCUGUGUCUGUGAACCUGGCUACGUGCUUCAUGACGGCAAGUGUGUGCUCAGAAUUGAGUGUGGCUGCAAGGACGCCCAGGGUGCUCUCAUCCCGGCAGACAAGACCUGGAUCAACAGAGGCUGCACCCAGACCUGCGCCUGCGUGGGAGGGGCCAUCCACUGCAGGAAUUUCCAGUGUCCCUCGGGGACUCACUGCAAGGACAUCGAGGAUGGCAACAGUAAAUGCAUCAAAAUCACUCUGCAGUGCCCGGCCCACAGCCUGUUCACCCACUGCCUUCCCUCCUGUCUGCCUUCUUGCUCCAAUCUGGAUGGCCACUGUGAGGGAGUCAGCAGCAAAGUGCCUUCGACCUGCAAGGAGGGCUGCCUCUGUCACCCAGGGUUUGUGUUUAAUGAGGACAAGUGUGUGCCCAGACUUCAGUGUGACUGCAAAGACACCCAGGGUGCCUUUAUCCCGGCAGGCAAGACCUGGAUCUCCAGGGGCUGCACCCAGAGCUGUGCCUGCAUGGAAGGGACUAUCCAGUGCCAGAAUUUUCAGUGUCCCCAAGGGAGCUAUUGCUUUGACAGCAAUUAUGGCAACAGUAGCUGCACCAAAAUCACUCUGCAGUGCCCAGCCCACACUGUCUACACUAACUGCCUUCCCUCCUGCCUGGCUUCCUGCUCGGACCCAGAUGGCCUCUGUAGGGGCAUCAGCCAUAAAGCUCUCUCCACCUGCAAGGAGGGCUGUGUCUGUGAACCUGGCUACGUGCUGCAUGACGACAAGUGUGUGCUCAGAAUUCACUGUGGCUGCAAGGAUGCCCAGGGUGCUCUCAUCCCGUCAGGUAAGACCUGGAUCAACAGAGGCUGCACCCAGACCUGCACCUGCGCAGGAGGGGCCAUCCUGUGCAGGAACUUCCAGUGUCCCUCGGAGACUUACUGCAAGGACAUCGCGGAUGGCAACAGUAAAUGCAUCAAAAUCACUCUGCAGUGUCCAGAAUACAGCCUGUUCAGCAACUGCCUUCCUGCCUGCCAACCUUCCUGCACGGACCCUGAUGGCCACUGUGUGGGAUCCAGCACAAAAGGCCCUUCUACCUGCAAGGAGGGCUGUGUCUGUGAAUCCGGCUACGUGCUGAAUGACGGCAAGUGUGUGCUCAGAAAUCACUGUGGCUGCAAGGACGCUCAGGGUGCUCUCAUCCCGGCAGACAAGACCUGGAUCAACAGAGGCUGCACCCAGAGCUGUACCUGUGUGGGAGGGGUCAUCCUGUGCAGGAAUUUCCAGUGUCCCUCGGGGACUUACUGCAAAGACAUCGCGGAUGGCAACAGCAACUGUACCAAAAUCACUAUGCAGUGCCACGCCCACAGCCACUACACCAACUGCGUGCCAUCUUGUCUGGCUUCCUGCUCAGACCCAGAAGGCCACUGUGAGGGGAUCAGCACCAAAGCCCCCUCCACCUGCAAGGAAGGCUGUGUCUGUGAACCUGGCUACGUGCUGCAUGACGGCAAGUGUGUGCUCAGAAUUGAGUGUGGCUGCAAGGACGCCCAGGGUGCUCUCAUCCCGGCAGACAAGACCUGGAUCAACAGAGGCUGCACCCAGAGCUGCACCUGCACAGGAGGGGCCAUCCUGUGCAGAAACUUCCAGUGUCCCUCAGGGACUUACUGCAAGAACAGAGAUGAUGGCAGCACUAACUGCACCAAAAGCACUCUGCAGUGCCCUGCCCACAGCCAGUUUACAGACUGCCUUCCCUCCUGCCUGCCUUCCUGCUCCAACCACUGUGAGGUCACCAGCCCCAGAGUCCACUCCAGCUGCAAGGAGGGCUGUGUCUGUCAACCUGACUUUGUGCUCAAUGAGGACAAGUGUGUACCCAGAACUGAGUGUGGCUGCAAAGAUGCCAAGAGUGCUCUCAUCCCGGCAGGCAAGACUUGGAUCUCUGGGGGCUGCACCCAGAGCUGUGCCUGCACAGGAGGGACCAUCCAAUGCCAAAAUUUCCAGUGUCCCCCAGGGACUCACUGCAAGGACAACAAUGAUGGCAGCAGCAACUGUGCUAAAAUCACUCUGCAGUGCCCAGAACACAGCCUGUUCAUCAACUGCCUUCCUGCCUGCCAACCUUCCUGCACGGACCCUGAUGGCCACUGUGUGGGAUCCAGCACAAAAGGCCCUUCUACCUGCAAGGAGGGCUGUAUCUGUGAAUCCGGCUACUUGCUGAAUGACGGCAAGUGUGUGCUCAGAAAUCACUGUGGCUGCAAGGACGCUCAGGGUGCUCUCAUCCCGGCAGACAAGACCUGGAUCAACAGAGGCUGCACCCAGAGCUGUACCUGUGUGGGAGGGGUCAUCCUGUGCAGGAAUUUCCAGUGUCCCUCGGGGACUUACUGCAAAGACAUCGCGGAUGGCAACAGCAACUGUACCAAAAUCACUAUGCAGUGCCACGCCCACAGCCACUACACCAACUGCGUGCCAUCUUGUCUGGCUUCCUGCUCAGACCCAGAAGGCCACUGUGAGGGGAUCAGCACCAAAGCCCCCUCCACCUGCAAGGAAGGCUGUGUCUGUGAACCUGGCUACGUGCUGCAUGACGGCAAGUGUGUGCUCAGAAUUGAGUGUGGCUGCAAGGACGCCCAGGGUGCUCGCAGUCCGGCAGGCAAGACUUGGAUCUCCAGAGACUGCACCCAGAGCUGUGCCUGCACAGGAGGGACCAUCCAAUGCCAAAAUUUCCAGUGUCCCCCAGGGACUCACUGCAAGAACAACAAUGAUGGCAGCAGCAACUGUGGUAAAAUCACUCUGCAGUGUCCAGACAACAGCCACUAUACCGACUGCCUUCCCUCCUGCCCACCCUCUUGCUUGGACCUGGAGGGCCACUGCGAAGGCACCAGUCCCAAAGUCCCUUCAACUUGCAAGGAAGGCUGCCUCUGCAACUCUGGCUUUGUGCUCAAUAAGGACAAAUGUAUACCCAGAAUUCAGUGUGACUGCAAAGACGCCCAGGGCACUCUUAUCCCGGCAGGCAAGACCUGGACUCCUAGAGGCUGCACCGAGAGCUGUACCUGCACAGGAGGGACUGUCCAAUGCCAGAAUUUCCAGUGUCCUUCAGAGACUCACUGCAAGGACAACCAUGAUGGCAACAGCAACUGUGUGAAAAUCACUCUGCAGUGCCCGGCCCACAGCCGCUUCACGGACUGCCUUCCCUCCUGUCAGCCUUCCUGCUUUGACCCUGAUGGCCGCUGUGAGGGAACCAGCCCUAAGGUCCCUUCCUGCAAGGAGGGCUGCAUCUGUCAACCUGGCUAUGUGUUGGGUAAUGACAAGUGUGUGCUCAAAAUUGAGUGUGACUGCAAGGACGCCCAGGGUGCUCUCAUUCCGGCAGGCAAGACCUGGAUCUCUGCAGGCUGUACCCAAAGCUGCACCUGUGUGGAAGGCGCCAUCCAGUGCAGGAAUUUCCAGUGUCCCCAAGGGACUCACUGCAAGGGCAGCAAUGAUGGCAGCAGUAACUGUGCUGAAAUACAUCUACAAUGCCCCGCCCACAGUCAUUUCACCAGCUGCCUUCCCUCCUGUCCACCUUCCUGUUCAAUUAUGGAUGGCCACUGUGAGGAAUCCAGCUCCAAAGUUCCCGCAUCCUGUAAGGAGGGCUGUGUGUGUCAGCCUGGCUACUUACUGAAUAAUGACAAGUGUGUGCUCCGAAUUCAGUGUGACUGCAGAGAUGCCCAGGGUGACCUCAUUCCUGCAGGCAAGACCUGGCUCAACAAAGGCUGUACAGAGAGCUGCAACUGCAUGGGAGGGACCAUCGAGUGCAGGACUUUCCAGUGCCCCCUGGGGACUCACUGCAAGGACAGCAAUAAUGGCAGCUAUAACUGUGCCAAAAUCAGUAAGGGGGUCAUGGGGGAAGGUGGGGAGGAUGUGCUCAUGACUGGAGGGACGAGAGCUCUGCAAUGUCCCGCCCACAGCCGCUACACAAACUGCCUUCCCCCAUGUCCACCUUCCUGUACUGAUCUGGAUGGCCACUGUGAGGGCACCAGCCCCAAAGUCCCCUCCACCUGCAAAGAGGGCUGUGUCUGCCAGCCUGGCUAUGUACUGAAUAACAACAAGUGUGUGCUCCAGAUGCACUGUGACUGCAGAGACGCCCGGGGUGACCUCAUUCCGGCAGGCAAGACCUGGGUCUCCAGUGGCUGCACCCAGAGCUGUACCUGCAUGGGAGGGGUCGUCCAAUGUCACAGCUUCAACUGCCCCCCAGGGACUCAGUGCCAGAAUGGCCCAGAUGGCAACAUUAACUGCACCAAAAUCAUCAAUGUGAAGUGCCCCGCCCACAGCCGCUACACCAACUGCCUUCCCUCCUGUCCACCUUCCUGUUCAGACCCAGAGGGUCUCUGUGGGGGCACCAUCCCCAAAGCCCCCUCCACCUGUAAAGAGGGCUGCGUCUGUCGAUCUGGCUUUGUGCUGCACAACGACAAAUGUAUACUCAAAAUUCAGUGCAGCUGUAGAGAUGCCCAGGGUGUUCUCAUCCCGGCAGACAAGACCUGGCUCUCCAAAGGCUGUACCCAGAACUGUACCUGCAUGGCAGGAGACAUACGUUGCUGGAAUUUCCAGUGUCCCACUGGGACUCACUGCAAGGACGAUGAUGAUGGCACUCUGCAGUGCCCAGACCACAGCUACCACACUGGCUGCCUUCCUUCCUGCAUCCCAUCCUGCUCCAACCUGAACGAGCACUGUGAGGUCACCAGCCUCAAAGACCCCUCCACCUGCAAGGAAGGCUGCCUCUGUCAGUCCGGCUUUGUGUUCAACAGGGACAAGUGUGUACCCAGAAUUGAGUGUGACUGCAAAGACUCCCAAGAUGCUCUCAUCCCGGCAGGAAAGACCUGGAUUGCUGCAGGCUGUUCCCAGAGAUGUACCUGCAUGGGAGGACUUAUUCAGUGCCGGGGCUUCCAGUGCCCCUCAGGAACUCAGUGUCAGGACAUCGAGAAUAACAGCAGCAGUUGUGCUGAAAUCACUGUACAGUGCCCAGCUCACAGUCGCUAUACCAGCUGCCUUCCCUCCUGUCUGCCUUCUUGCUUGGACCCAGAUGGCCUCUGCAAGGACACCAGCCCCAGAGCCUCCCCCACUUGCAAGGAGGGCUGUAUCUGUCAAUCUGGCUACAUACUGAGCAGUGACAAGUGUAUUCCCACAACUCAGUGCAGCUGCAAAGAUGCCCAGGGUAACCUCAUCUUGGCAGGCAAGACCUGGAUCUCCAGUGGCUGCACCCAGAACUGUACCUGCAUCAAUGGGGCCAUCCAGUGCCAAAAGUUCAGCUGCCCCUCGGAGACCCACUGCCAGCAUAGUGAUGAUGGCAGCAGUAACUGUGCCUCCAACACCUUUCAGUGCCCAGCCCACAGCCACUUCACCAACUGCCUUCCUUCCUGUUUACCCUCCUGCUUGAAUCCCGAUGGGCACUGCGAGGGCACCAGCACCAAAGUCCCUGCCGUCUGCAAUACAGGCUGCCUCUGCCAACCUGGCUACGUGCUGAAUAAUGACGAGUGUGUGCCCAGAAUCCAGUGUGGCUGCAAAGAUAUCCAGGGCACUCUCAUUCCAGAAAACAAGACGUGGAUCACUAGUGGGUGUGCCCAGAGCUGUACCUGCAGAGCAGGGACUGUCCAGUGUCAUGACUUCAAAUGUCCAGCAGGGUCCCAUUGCGAGAACAAUAAAGAUGGCAGCAGAAGCUGUGUCACCAGUGCUCUGAAAUGUCCGGCCCGCAGCCUCUACACCAGCUGCCUCCCAUCCUGUCUACCUACCUGCUCGGACCCAGAGGGCCUCUGCCAGGGCUCCAGCCCCAGGGUCCCCUCCACCUGCAAGGAGGGCUGUGUCUGUCGAUCCGGCUACGUGCUGCAUGACGGCAAGUGUGUGCUUAGAAUUCACUGUGGCUGCAAGGACGCCCGGGGCAACCUCAUCCAGACUGGCCAGACAUGGAUCUCUACUGACUGUACCCGGAUUUGUGCAUGCGAGGAAGGACUCUUUCAAUGCCAGAGCUUCCAGUGCCCCUCAGGGACCCACUGCCAACAAUAUCAAGACGGCAGCAGUAACUGUGUCUCUGAUACUCUGCAGUGCCCAGCCAACAGCCUCUACACCAGCUGCCUUCCCUCCUGUCUGCCUUCCUGCUCCAACCCAAAUGGCCACUGUGAGGGGGUCAGCCCCAAAGACCCCUCCACCUGCAAGGAGGGCUGUGUCUGUCGACCUGGCUACCUGCUCAAUGAGGACAAGUGUGUACCCAGAAACCAAUGUGGCUGCAAAGAUGCCAAGGGUGAUCUCAUCCCAAUAGGCAAGACCUGGAUCUCCAGUGGCUGCACCCAGAGCUGUACCUGUGUGGACGGAGUUAUUCAGUGCCGGAAUUUCAUCUGCCCCACAGGGUCCCACUGCCAGCACAGUGAUGAUGGAAGCAGUAACUGUGCGGCCAACAAAUUGGAAAAAUGUACCAUCUUUGGGGACCCCUAUUACCACACUUUCGAUGGCUUCUCCUACCGCUUCCUGGGUCGGAUGAACUACUAUCUCAUAAAGACAAUGGACAAACUCCCAGAGGGGAUGGAGCACCUGGUCAUAGAGGGGCGCAACAAAAUAUCCCCCAAAGGGAGUCCAACCUUGCAUGAAGUGACCACCAACGUCUACGGCUAUAAAAUACAGCUCCAAGAAGGGCUGGUGGCUUUGGUCAACAACCAAAAGGUGGCAAUCCCCUACAAUCCAAAUGACCACCUGCGGGUCCUCCUGCGGGCGCAGCGGCUGUUUCUCAUCACUGACUUUGAAAUGGUGGUGGACUUCGAUGGGAAGCACAAUGCAGUGAUCUCCUUGCCUACCAUGUACCGUGGGCUGAUACGGGGCCUGUGUGGAAACUAUGAUAAGGACCGAGACAAUGACUUGAUGUUGCCCAGUGGAACACUCACCUCAAACAUCAAUGUCUUUGGCAACAGUUGGGAGGUGAAGAUGGUGAAAGCCCUCUUACGAUUGCCAAGGGCCCUACCAGAAGAAGAUGGGGGAGAGGAAGAGUUUGGCCCUCUGCCGUCAGAGUGCAGCCCAGAGCAGACAGCGCUCCUCAGCAGCACCCAGGCCUGCAGGGUGGUGGUGGACCCCCAGGGUCCCUUUGCUGCCUGUCACCAGAUUGUAGCCCCAGAGCCCUUCGAGCAGCACUGUAUGUCCGACGUGUGCACUGGUUGGAAAACCAAAGAAGAAGAGGAGUUUCGAUGCCGGGUCCUCAGUGGAUACGCAAUCAUUUGCCAGGAGGCAGGCGCCAACACGACUGGCUGGCGGGACCAGACGCACUGUGCCAUGACAUGCCCUGCCAAUACUGUGUACCAGCCCUGUAUGACGCCCUGCCCAGCAUCCUGUGCCAAAUUUGUGACCCCCAAGGCCUGUGAAGGUCCCUGCGUGGAAGGCUGUGCCACCAUCCCAGGCUACAUCUACAGUGAUACCCAGAGCCUCCCAGUGACGCAGUGCGGCUGCACCACCAAUGGCCUCUAUUACAAGCUGGGUGACAGCUACGUGACUGAUGACUGCUCCCAGCAUUGCACCUGCGCAAGCCAGGGGACCCUGCUGUGUGAGCCCUAUGGCUGCAGGGCUGGAGAGGCCUGCACCGUGGCCAACUUUACUCGAGACUGCUUCCGGGAUAGCCCUUGUCUACAGAACCCCUGUCACAAUGAUGGCCGGUGUCAGGAGCAAGGGGACACCUUCAUCUGCCAUUGUGACCUGGGUUAUGGAGGAGAAUUCUGCACAGAACCUCGGGAUAUCCCAUCCAGAAAAAAGCUAGAAUCAUCCAGCUUACUGGCCAUCCUGCCGGGAGUGCUUGUGAUGCUCUUAGUCCCCGUCUUACUGCUUAGAGUGUGUAUUUACAUGAGAACUGCCGUAGCGAGGAGGAGGAGGGAGAAACUGUUGAGACGAAAUAGAUAUAGGCUGGAAGAUACAGAUGUUCCAGAGCCUGCCUUCAGAGCCACCAAGUUCUGACUUGUCC